AGGAGGACAAACUUCUCAGUUUAGAGAGACUGGACAGAUCUUCUCCAGACCUCUGGCCAGAGAAAAUUCCUGGUGUGACAGAAUAUGAAGUGAGUCAAAAUCUACAGUCCAAAAAUGCUGGAACACCGCGAUGGCUCGCUGACCUUGAGAAGGAUGACAUAAAUCUGCUUCAAGAGUUUGGAAGUUUGACCUUAUCACAGCUCAUGGAGAAAGUAAGAGGACUUCAAAAUCUGGCUUAUCAGUUAGGGCUAGAGGAAGCUCGCGAAAUGACGAGGGGAAAGUUCUUGAACAUUUUAGCAAAAUCAAAGCAGCAGUGAUGGAUGGAAUGAGAGUGUGACAAUUGUGAGAGUGAAUUUGAGAGGACUUCUUUCCGGGGAGAAGUGCAAAUGGCCAAUGGAUGUUUCGUAUGCAGAUAUAAGUUAUUUUACAUGUGUUUUUUUGUUUUAUUUUCAUGUAUCAUACUCAUUGCUGAUGUAAAUUUAUGUACAAUUCAUUAAAUCCAUAAAAAAUUAUAUUUGAC